CGGCGGCUCGAUGCUGCAGGCGCCGCGGGAGAGGCAGCAGCCGGCUGGGGCGAGCGGCGACGAGCGAGCCGAGAGCAGCGGGCCUCCGGCCCCGGAGCCCGGCACGCCUCUGCGGUCUUCGCGCCGGGGCCUCGGCGGCACUUACAAGUGAAGAAGCAGCAUGACCUUUUGUCUUGGAUAAUUUCUAGUGCAGAGGCUCCGACAAUUUAGCAGCGGCCUCCUGGGCCUCCGGCACCCUUACCACAUUCUACAUCCUCAGGGGACAGAGGGCCUUUGGGAACAGACCCCCUAAAAGAGUAGGUGGGCCAGCCAUGAGAGGGUACCUUGUGGCCAUCUUCCUGAGUGCUGUCUUCCUCUAUUAUGUGCUGCAUUGUAUAUUGUGGGGAACAAAUGCCUAUGGGGUGCCACCUGUGGAAAUGAAGAGGAGAAAUAAGAUCCAGCCUUGUGUAUCAAAGCCAGCUUUUGCCUCUCUCCUGAGGUUUCAUCAGUUUCACCCUUUUCUGUGUGCAGCUGAUUUUAAAAAUACUGCUUCCUUGUAUGGUAGCGAUAAGUUUGAUUUGCCCUAUGGGAUAAGAACAUCAGCCGAAUACUUUCGACUUGCUCUUUCAAAACUGCAGAGUUGUGAUCUCUUUGAUGAGUUUGACAAUGUGCCGUGUAAAAAAUGUGUGGUGGUUGGUAAUGGAGGAGUUUUGAAGAAUAAGACGUUAGGAGAAAAAAUUGACUCCUAUGAUGUAAUAAUAAGAAUGAAUAAUGGUCCUGUUUUAGGACAUGAAGAGGAAGUUGGGAGAAGGACUACCUUCCGACUUUUUUAUCCAGAAUCUGUUUUUUCAGAUCCCAAUCACAAUGAUCCUAAUACUACGGUGAUUCUCACUGCUUUUAAGCCGCUUGAUUUAAAGUGGCUGUGGGAAUUGUUGACAGGUGGCAAAAUAAAUACUAAUGGUUUUUGGAAGAAACCAGCAUUAAAUCUGAUCUAUAAACCUUAUCAAAUCAGAAUAUUAGAUCCUUUCAUUAUCAGAACAGCAGCUUAUGAACUGCUUCAUUUCCCGAAAGUGUUUCCCAAAAAUCAGAAACCCAAACACCCAACAACAGGAAUUAUUGCCAUUACAUUGGCAUUUCACAUAUGUCAUGAAGUUCACCUUGCUGGUUUUAAGUACAACUUUUCUGACCUCAAGAGUCCUUUGCACUACUUUGGGAAUGCCACCAUGUCUUUGAUGAAUAAGAAUGCGUAUCACAAUGUGACUGCAGAGCAGCUCUUUUUGAAGGACAUUAUAGAAAAAAACUUUGUAAUCGACUUGACUCAAGAUUGACCCUACAGACUCAGAAGAUGAUGCUAACAGUAUUAGUUUUAUUUUUACAGUGCAAUUUUUUUAGUUUAUUUUUAAAUAUGUUGGAUGUACUUGUCAAGAAAUUAUGUAUAUUAAGUCUGUUGCUGCCUGGUGCUUCAUAACCACCAGCUUAAUUUCUGUGAAUAUAUUUAAUUUAUGGAAACCAAGACAUGCUAAGAGAUCAGGGAGAGUGAAUUUUUCAUUGCAUUGUUUUAAAAAUAAGCUAGUUUUCUGACGUGUUUUUAAAGUAUCUUUUUAUAGUUACUUCAUCUUAGACUUUUGAAGGGAUGUGACUUGCUAAUAAGUACGGGGAUUUAGUUUACCACAGCAGAUUUUGAAUGUAACGUGACAUUCUGAGAGGCUUAGCUGGCUCCUGUAAAUUGGUGGGGAGCUGGCAUGUGGCGGUGCCUUGAAUGCGGCAUACAGGGACCACUUCAGGCCUCUGUAUCUCUCUCUCUGGAUGAUUGGUUCCUUUUUGUUCUACCUGAGCAACCUGACUGGAAUCUUAAACCAGACCCUAAGCGUGGUUGAUUGAUUAGGGAAAUCUAAGAUCAUACUGGCUUAAUUAUUAAGCAUUUUUUUCCUACAGUUAAGUUAAACCAUGAUUAUGAUGAGUAGUUUGGUAGAAGGAAGAUGUUUUUUAAGUCGACAGAAAUAAAUAGGAUAAAUAUGAAACUCUGGAUAAGUAAAUAACCAAAGAAAGAAUGCAAUUCCUAAAGUCUGGUGACUGCAUUAUUUUAAAGAAAUAAAGUUUAUACAAAGAAGCUGAACGAGGCAAGCUCAAGAAGGAGCAAACAUUCUUAAAACGUUUUUUUUUUGCCUGGCUUAAUUUAUUCAUUAAAAUUUCGAAGUUUAUUGGAAGUAAAUUAGGAAAGACAAGACAUGAAUGAGUAAACCUUUAAGAAGAGUCAAGCUUUUUCUGGAUUUAAAUGGCAUUUUCAUGAAAAACCAAUUGUCCACAUGAUUCAAUCGCAUCUUCAAAUGGAAAGAAGCUUACCUAGGGUGCACCAGAGAAGAGUGUUGAGGCAAACAAGCCAGUUGGACAAAAGUGUCAUUCCAGUGGUGAGCCUGGGAAGUGGGAGGCCCGCCCGCAGAAGGCCCCUGGUGUCACCUGCAGCAACCUGCCACCUGCCACAGAAAGCAGGAAUGCGGAAGAUGACAACUCACGGCAGAGACAGCAGACUUCACUGACUCGUAAACCGCUGAACUCCACUGCGGUAAAUAUCCACAGCAGAGUGACACACACAUACACACACACUGUGUCAUCAGGACCGCAAUCCUCUGCUUCUUACCUAGUGUUCACGUACACCACACAGAAAGCUGGUCUCCUCAAGACCGAUACAUACGUGGGACAAACCAGACAAGUUUUCCAAAAGGAAAAGAACAGAGCAUGUGUUAUGAGAAAUUCUUACUUCCCAUUUCGUUACUUACAGACUAGAGAGAUUUUACAGAAAAGUAAAAGUGAUCAGAACAGAAGAGGAAUGCCAUUUUUCUAACAGUGCUGGGGAGUUUACGUGGGCCUGAAAAUGGCUUUCCUCUUUCACUGCUGCCAGGUGGAGGGCAGGGGCUUCCCUCUGAUGGAAAGAGAUGUAAAGCCACCAAUUACCUGCCCGGUCCCAGUAAGGUAAGUCAUAGGUGCCUUCAGCUUUUUUCUUUCUGGAAAAAUACAGAAAAAAAAAAAAGUUAGCAAAUAGAGUGAAUUCACUAGUAAGAAAGCUCUGAAACUGCAGGAUAAACACCAAAGUUAAUAAUUAGUCAAGAGUACACAUUUCUAUUUGCUGAUUUCCCUGGGAGACCUCUUUCACUUGACUUUCGAAGUUGCCACUGCUGAGGCUCAUGAAUUCUGGACUCUCAAUAAAUAUUAAACAACUAUCUCCUGAGACAGUUAUCUUGUUACCCAACUAUUUUCCACUCAAAUGGAUAAAGGGAUUAAAAAAAAAAAAAGACUAAGUCUGUAGAUAAAAACCCUGAAUCAAAUCAAAGACCCAACCCUGACACGUGGAUUAUUAUGGGGAAAUCACGUUAGGUUUGUUUUGGUUUCAAAUACAAAUUUCACAAAUCAGUCGAUUCACAAAGUUCACAGGAUACAAGAACAAAACCCCCAUAUUUUCUUCUGCGUUGUUACUUUUUUUCAACUUACUACUUUUUUUCUACAGUCCUUUGCCCCUGAGAAGUUUAAAGUGUCACACACCCUUAACUGCAUAGACCUGAUUCCUCCACCCUGCCCAAGAUAAGCCAACGCCGUCACUAACAGUGAGGGGACCGAGGGCCACGUGUGCAACUAAGAAGGUUCUUCCCCAGCCUGCCUCUCAGAAUUCUGACACAUCCUCCCCCGGAGAAACUUCUGUCCCUCCCCAACAUUAAGAAUUGCUAUCUACCGUGAGCCUUUUAAAAAGAAAAAAAUCAAGCACACAAAAGGACAUUUUCUGAUGUACACCUAAUUAAAAUAAUGCUCUGCAAGCUAAAGAGAAAGAAGUUGUUCUAGUGUUGUAAACGAGGAAAAGAGGGUUAUGUGACUUGCUGAAGAUCACAAACGGGGCUUUCUCAAAAAGCCCAAGCUAUGUGCUUUUCCUACUUCGAAACAUUCUUCUCUAGUAUAAGACUAUGUUUUUAUUAUUGAUACUAAAAGCUCCCUCAUUUUAAAGUCUGGCUGUAUUUAAAAUAUAAUACUUCAUUAUUUCAAAGUAAGGUAUAGCGUAAAAUUUGUGGACGAGAUGGUAGGUGCUGAAGCUGUCCAAGGGUUGUACUAUAAAGGAUUUCAUAUUCUUGAUCUCCAGUGACAAAGCUGCAGGUGAUUUAUUCGUUACACGUAAAGUACUUAGAACGGGGCCUGGCAUGGGUUAGGGAUUCAGUAACUUGCAGCUGUUUUUAUUAUUACUUUUCUCCUGGCUACUUUCCAUAAGCCCUUUAAUGGCACUUCCUCUUUACUCCUUAUCACAAAGCCAGUGGUCAGCAAUUUCAUCCACUACGUUCGUAGAAGUAACCUCAAUUCUGCAGCUCAGACCUUU